AUGAAAGGCGUAGCAAUUCUCCUAUGCAUUGGCUAUGCGCUUUGCUAUCCUGGCUAUAACCCUUACGAUAAGGACAGCGACUACACAGGGCAUUCUCAUGAUGGUAGUCAGGGACAUUCUUACGAAGACUUCCUGGAAGGCUUGUCUGGGAAAGCUAUUUCCGAGUACACUAAAAUCGUUCAGAGAACAUCACAAACCAUCGAGCAAAUGGAGAAAGCAUUGGGACGGUGGGCGAAAAAGUAUGGUGUUGAGAAUAAAUACAAAGCUUCCGUUGAGGAGCACAAAAGGCAACAUGAAGAAUUUGAACGAUCCGUCGAUAAACUGUUGAAAGUACUCGCCAAAUACUUCAAAGAAUACGUAAAGCUUGUUAAGGACAAGAAAAUGACGAUAGACGGUUUAUCCCGCAAAAAUCUAGCGCUGUUCAACAAGCUGGAUGAGAAGCAGAAACAUGUUGUCUCCUUCAUAGUCGAAAACUAUUUGCUGAAUUUGGAAGGAAUUCCAGGAGACGAUGGUGGAUGUUCAGGAGACUGUGGAGAAUAUCCAGGAAGUGGUGGAGGAUAUCCAGGAGGUGGUGGAGGUUUUCCAGGAAGUGGUGGAGGAUACCCAGGAGGCUUUGGUGGAUUUCAAGGGGGUUCAAGUGGUUUUUCGGGUAUGAAUGAAGGAUACCCAGAGAGCUAUGAAAACGAUUCUUGA